AUGGCUGAAUUCCACUUUGAUGAAAUAAUCAAGGUCAUUAAUAUAGACGAGAAAAGAUAUGAAAAGGCUUCGUGCAUAGAAGCCCAGACUGAAGAUAAAGACGUGCAUCUGGAACUGGAUGUGCAUACUGAGCUAUAUCAUAUGGUAUCCCAGACUCUCAGUUUAGACGGUUCGGCUGUUACUGGGUACAUUCCUGAGAAAUCACUUGCGGAUAAAUUUGAGUAUGUCAUGCAUGGGUUGCUGUAUAAGAUGUCAGAAGAUAAAGAAAAAAAAAAUGAUGAAAGCAACGUUUCUCUUCCUUUUCUCUUUUAUGAUGACAACAAGGUGGUAUAUAUUUCAUUUGGAGGGCUUCAGCUAAUGAUAAAGGAAAAUGCAUAA